GGGAUUGUGUGUGCGCUCUGUAAUUGUGCAGCUCCCUCUGCACUCUCGCUGCUGCUGAGUUUGUGUGUUGUGUAAUUGUGCAGUUCUCUCCCUCUGCACUCCAAUUGUGCUGUGCAGCUCCCUCCUGCACUCCCUGCUGGCUGGGGUUGUGUGUGUGCUCUGUAUUGUGCAGCUCCCUCCCUCUGCACUCGCACUACUGGCUGGGGUUGUGUGUUGUUGUUGCAAGCAGUGAGCUCAGCUGAUGACUCAGAGCCAUGCAGUCAUUCCACUCUGCAGCCAGCUACUGCCUGUGUAUAGCAGGCGCAGGGAACACACAGCCGCCUUGUAGCGGGAGCAGGCUUGCCAGACCUGGGGCGGACCCCUUAUUCUACCACUGAGCUCGGGGUGGUCGGCUUUUACUGCACUCUGCCCGGACUGUGCACGGGUUCUGGGGACUACCCUGCAGCCGAGGGGCUGGAUAUGCUCAGCUGUGCUUCCACAGCUUUGCCUCUGCUUGCUGGGACAUGGUGAGUUUGUGGAGGACAGGAGGAAACGUGUAUGAUGAAAUACUAUUCGAGACUGGUGAGAAAACGGAGUGCAUCAUGCUUUAAAGAGCUAUAUAUACAACCAGAAACUCUCCCAAGAUUCUUCAAAUCUUAAGUUAUUUUUCAUCUUAUGGACUUUGGAGAAAUCUCCUGAUUUGCAUGCGUUUUGAUUACCAUGAAUCUGCAGCCUCAGCAGAAGGCUUCGAAUAAAAGAACAGGAAAAAAGAUAACUUUUUUCAGUGAAUCACAGGGCCAUCCGGUGCCCAGCAAAGAGCAGGUAAAAGAGCAGCAGUUUUAUGAGAGUGUGUCUCGUAUGCCAAUCUCCCAGGCUUCUGAGUUUCCCAAGACAGACGCUUUCUCUGUUGCAUCCAGCAAUAUGCUGAACACAGUCCUGUACACUCAAGAGAGACCUGAUUCUGUGAGACUAAGCCAGCAGCCAGUUACUGGCAAAUGGAAUGUAAAUGAAAGGACUGAUGCCACUUGGCAGGCUCAACAAGCUGGCAUGUGGCAGAGAAAUGCUUCUGGUUAUGCUGUUUCAAUGAUGCCUUCUUAUUACAACCAUCAUGAGCCGACCAAGAGAAGCCAAGAUAAAGGGGUUGGGGUGUCUCAACUAGAUAUGUAUGGAGAUGCUCUUCAACAAAUGAUGUCUCAGAAGGCACAACUAGAACAGCACACGCUAGCUCGCCAACAGGCCCAUUUAAACUCCAUUCUGCAAGCUCAACAGCAGCACCAACAACAGCACCAGCAGCAGCAGCAACACCAACAACAGCAGCAGCAGCAAAAUCAGCAUCUUUCCUUACAGUCUUUCCAAAUGGCAUUUGGGCAUCAAGGUCAGAAACCUUCUUUACAAGAACUAUUCCAUGUUUUUCCAGAUGCUCAAUCCAAUGCUGCUUAUGCGGCUCAGCAGAAACAACAGACGGCUCUUCCUAAGAUGCAACUUUUUGAGAACUUUUACCCAACACCGCAACAGCAGCAGGCAGCCUAUGGCAUGCAGCAAGCCAUUCGAAUAGGUCCGCCUCAUGCAGUUGCUCAGCAGAACAUGCAUGUAAUAAAUCAACAACAACGCGUUUCUUCAUCCGAGGAAUAUAUGAAAGCUCUUGCAGAGCAGAACAAGCAGGCUGUUUUGCCCAAAACGCAAAUUCCCUUGCCUCGCAGGUCUCGUAGAAUUUCCAAAGAAGGACUACCAAAUUUGCCUUCCACAAGUGAAGAACAGUCUAAUAACCCAUACACACAUCACCAGUAUGAGCAGGCGGUACAACAGCAGUUAGAUGCCCAAGAGCGGUACAAGAGAGGUUACCAACCAAUGCCACGGAAUUCUCAAAUACUGGGCCAGGAAAAUCAGUAUGGCAAUCACCACAAUUCAGAUCAGACUCCCCCACCUCAGAAUGGUAGAACAAGAGAGGUCCAGACAACUGCUGAACAGAAUUCAGUGGCGCCAAGUCAGCCUGCCGGAGCUGGUGCUGUCACGGUGAUCCAGAUGACCCGGCGGCGGCGACGCAUAUCACAGGAAGCCAAUUUGUUUACCCUUGCCCAGAAGGCUGCAGAAAUGCCAAACUUGGAAAACACUAAGGAUAGUGAUGCAUUAAAGGGCAAGAACGAGACCACAAAAGACAAAGUGGAUUUUGUGGUUCCUCCCUCUGCUAAGAAGACCAGAACAGAAGGAGACAUGAAGCCUUUGGUUAUGCCGGUAUCUGUACCGGUUAAAUUGGAUACUGGGCGUGAUGAAGAAAGGAUCCAAAGGACAGUAGUGUCUGAAAGGGAGCCCUUGCCAUCUAUGCAGUCUGUAAUAGUGACACGGCACCGAGCCGGCCAGACAGAUAUGCCAGCACCUUCACUUCAGCUCGGUGAGACCCCUCCAUCGUCAGAAGGGGAAACUCUGUCCCGGAAGCCUAAGCAACGACCAAGACCUAAACCACUGUUCAUCCCUCCCAAACCUGGCACAUUUGUAGUUCCAGUAUAUUCCAAUAUAACUCCUUACCAGAGCCACCUGCGCUCACCUGUACGGGUUCCUGAGCACCUCAAUGACAGAAACUUUGAGUUGCCUCCCUACACACCACCUCCUAUCCUCAGCCCAGUGCGUGAAGGGUCUGGACUUUACUUCAACGCCAUCUUGUCUGCCAGCACACAUUCAAUGCCCCCAUCGAUCACCGCAAAGAGCAGCACAAGAACCCUGCUGAGAUCCAACAGUGGAGAGGACAUGCCACCUUUGCUCACUGUAAUGGGAGAAGUAACGCCAGUUAGCAUUGAACCACGCAUUAACAUAGGGCCACGUUUCCAAGCGGAGAUUCCUGAUUUCAGGGACAGGGGUUUGGCAUUCGCUGAUAAACCUAAAGCUGACUUGGUCUGGUUUCCCUGGGAGGAUUUGGAGAACAACCAAGUGGUGGAGUUGUUGACGGCAGCGUGUUCCAGCAUCAUGCCAGGCGGAGGCACCAAUCAAGAGCUGGCGCUUCAUUACCUUCACGAGUCCAAGGGAAACAUUUUGGCUGCGCUCACUAAGCUGCUAUUGAAGAAACCGAAACUGCACAGAGGCCAUCCCUUGGCAAGCUAUCAUUACUCUGGGUCAGACAAGUGGUCUCUUAAUGAGAAGAGACUUUUCAACAAGGGAAUGGCCAUCUAUAAGAAGGAUUUUCUGCUGGUUCAGAAACUGAUUAAAACAAAAACUGUGGCUCAGUGCGUGGAGUUCUACUACACCUACAAGAAGCAGGUGAAGAUAGGGCGCAAUGGGAUGUUGAUUUACGGAGAUGUUGAGGCCGCGGCAGAUGAGAAAAACCCCAGAGAGGACUCAGAGAUCGAUAUUAAGAGUUCUCAGCGACUUGCACCAGUUAUCCCUCCCCAAAGAGAGUCGCCGAAAGAAAUCCGCACAGAAGAUCCUGAAUUGGAGAAGAAGAUGGAGGCGUGUACAGUGCAAGUGAAACUGGAAAAAGAAGACGAAAAGGAAGAAAAUGAUGAUGAAAAGAUGAAGAUGCUUUCCCAGACGAAGGUCACACAAACGCUACAGGCCAGUGAAAUGCCAAAUGACACACUGAUCCUAAGAAAUCAAAUUCCUGAUACGUCGAUAACAGAAAAGGUUUCCAAGCCGAGGGGUCGGCGUCCGCGGGCGAAAGUUCCCCCAGAUGACACCCAGAAACCAGAGAGUAAAAUCAAGGCCCCACAGCAAGAGGGCAGUUUCCCAUGUAAAAAAUGUGGCAGGGUCUUCCUCAAAGUGAAAAGUCGCAGUGCGCACAUGAAGAGCCACGCGGAACAGGAGAAGAAAGCAGCAGCCAAGAAGCAAAAGGAGGCGGCAGCAGCAGCAGCUGCUGCAGCCGCAGCACAAGCCGCUUUACUUACCAUAUCUCACCGGAUGGAAAGUAGUGACAGCAGGAGCAGCAGUGACGGUAGCAGUAGUAGCAGCAGCGAGAGCUGUGAUAGUUCCGAUGACGGAGAGAUAUAAGCAGACACUCAGAUGCUGCAGUGAGGCUGGACCCUCGCUCCUUUCACUACCCACUCCCCCCCCCCCCUUUUUUUUUUAAGUUAAAAUUUCAAUGUUCUCGGUUUCUGCAAGGAUCAAAUACAUGAAAGACUUAUAGUGGGCUUGGGACUUUUUAUCUUUUUAAAUUAACUAUUUAUUGGGAAAACAAUCUUAUCAUGAUCAUGUGUUUCGGAGAGCACAGAGAUAUUUUUAUCCUACACACGUGCCUGUAAAGACAACUUGCAUAGAGACAGCACUUGUCGUCUUUCCUUCUGAAAGCUACAAAAAGGAGCAUUUCUUCUGAUGAGACGAAACCUGUAUUUUGUGGACCUUACUUGGUUUUCUGUCACUGUGUACACUGGAUAAUGUGGAAUUUUACACAAACUCAUGAGUGCAAUACUACAGAUAUACCAGUAGUCGGCGCCCCUGCGGUUGUUGACCUACAUGUGUUGUGCAUCGUGCAGGUCUGCAGGAACGGAGUACUGAAGAUUUUCCAUCCCUGUCAUAGAACUUUAGUUUUCAUCUGUAGCUUAAAGAGCUUGUUGCCUGCACACAGGAAGCGUCAAUGUUGUAGGCAGGCUGUACUCCCAUUGCAGCCUAUCCAUUCACUAGAAACACAGCCUCGUUAGUGGUUCAGAGAGGUCAGUGGUUCCUCAGGUAAACGGCUCUUUAAUACAGCUAGAUGAAAAUAAUAACUUAUAAUGGCGAGAGAUCACCAUUGUGUAAAUAAUGUGUGGCACAGACUUGCAUACAAGUCACAAUUAAUUUUUUAUGUAUCUACAAUAGGGGAAAUGACAAUUCAAAUAACCUGUAUAUACACUAUAUGUAAAACAGCUUACAUAUACUUUGUUUUGUAAAAAAAAAAAUCUUUAUAUUGCUUAACAGACAAUCUUUAUAUGUUAAAAGUUUUGGAGAGUGACUGAUACCCUGUCUUACUGUUCACUGCCUAAUUAUAAUUUUUUAUUUUAAA